AUCCGACAGUCCUUUCGAAUCCCUGCCUCCCCGCGAGAAGAAACUGGGCAGUCAAAACCGUCCCCAAAAUCCGACCACCCGCCCGCCCAACCCCUCCGCCGGCUCGCCCUCACGCACCCGAUCGAGAAACCCUAGCUCUGCUGCUCGCCGGCGAUGGAGGCGCCGGACGAGGAGGCUGGGCUGGGGCUCCUCCAUGAGGGCGAGCAGAUUCUGGAAGUAGCCCUUAUCUCGGCGCAGGGGCUCAAGCCCCCCUCCAGCCAGCGGCGACGGCUGCAGGCGUACGCGGUGGCCUGGGUCGACGCGGGGCACAAGAUCCAGACCCAACCCGACGACACGGGCGGUCUCGACCCGGUGUGGCACGCGCGCCUUCUCUUCCGCGUGCGCGAGGCCUCGCUCGCCGACGACUCCCGCGCCGCUGUCUCCGUCGAGAUCUACGCGGCCGCCGCGGGCUCUUGGCACCUCGGCGGGGACUCCCUCGUGGGCUUAGUGCGCUUCCUGCUUGGCGACCAUCGCCUCCUGUCCCGCCCCGUCGGCUCCCCCUCUAUGUUCGCUGUCGGCGUGCGCCGCACCUCCGGCAGGGUCCACGGUCUCCUCAACGUGGCCACGAGCCUCGUCGCGGUGCCGCCGUCUCCGGCCGCCUGCCAUGCCCUCCGCCUCUCGCAGGCCGUCUCCCUCAGAGGUCUCUCCGUGGUGCCCACCCCAAGUCGCGCGCUCCGCGUCCUCAACCGCGCGCACUCGACGCCUCCACCCUCCCCGAGGCUUCUUACGCCCAAGAAGCAGCAGAUGGUGGUCAACGCCAAUAAUAAGGUCGCGGACGACGCCAGCGAUGAGGAAGGCGCCGAGGAAGACGCGAGGGGGAUGGGUGGGGUCGUGUUCUGCGGGCCCUGCGUCUUACCGUUAUAUCCCAGAAAGAUACGCACGAGCCCCUCAGACGAGAACCUGCAGGCCUACGCAAAUGUCUUCUCCGGCGGGCUCAAGCAUUGCCGGACGGAGCCCUCAUUUUUAAGGAGUCCGGGCAAGUAGGCUCCAUGCUUUCAAUUGAUUUCCUGUGGAGUGAGCCCGUUUCCUGUUUUGGGCAAUUAACUUCUUGAGUUCAUGGUAUAGCUGACUUGUAUCACAUUCACAGUAUCUCUUGUUAUCAUCAGAAAUAUGUUACAUCAGUUUUUGUGUA